AUGUGCUUGAUGGGUUUAACGGUUGUGCAUUUGGAAGCGUCUUGGGCACUUGCGUUAGCUCUGACUCUCCUCUUGAGCUUUACUUCACAAGGUCCUAAAUCACUUGGUUCAGCAGCCUUACUUGAUCAGUUCAAGGCCAAGAAUAUUACCGGUGAUGGUGAUCGGAACGGUGUUCAUUUUUGCCAAUGGCAUGGUGUUACAUGCAAUCGCCGACAUCAAAGAGUGAUGACCAAGUUAGAAUUGCAAUCACCAAACAAAGCUAACUUUGGAGUUGGUGGAAAUGAAACGGAUCAACAAGCUUUGCUGGAGUUCAAAGCCAAGAUCAGUAGUGAUCAGCUUGGGGUCAUGCAUUUGUGGAACAAUUCAGUCCAUUUCUGCCAUUGGCCUGGAAUUACAUGCAGUCGCAGACGUCAGAGAGUAAUCGAGUUAGACUUGCAAUCAUGGAAACUAAUGGGGCCUAUCUCACCAUUUAUUGGAAACUUGAGCUUUCUAAAAGUGUUAAAUCUUCAAAACAAUAGCUUCAGCAAUGAAAUUCCACAAGAAGUUGGCCGUUUGCGUAGAUUGCAAGAGUUGAAACUUUCCAACAACUCCAUAGUUGGUGAAAUUCCUUCCAAUAUUUCUAGUUGCUCUAAACUUAGAGUUAUUGAGCUUUCAAACAACCAACUAGUUGGAGAAAUUCCUGUUGUUAUUCGCAGUUUGGCAAACCUAAAAGUAGUCUAUUUAUACUGCAACAGUUUAAGCGGUAGUAUCCCGCUUUCCUUUGGGAACCUAACAUCUUUGGAGAUACUUUCUCUGGCUACAAACACAUUGAGCAGGGCUAUUCCUGAAACUCUUGACCAACUCGCAAAUCUUACAUUUUUUUCCGUGGAAGAAAAUGAACUUUCUGGUCUUGUUCCUUCCUCUCUUUUCAAUCUCUCCAAUCUAAAAACUCUUGAUAUUGGCUCAAACCGAAUUCAAGGUACUCUUCCUUGGGACCUAGGAUUCACCAUACCAUCUCUUGAAAUACUUGCUGUCAGUAAUAACCAACUCACUGGGACGUUGCCUGCUUCAAUAUCCAAUGCCUCAAAUCUCCUACAACUUGAAGUUGUGCUAAACAAGUUUACUGGAAAUUUGCCUUCCUUUGACAAGCUGGAAAAGCUACAGUGGUUUGCCAUUGCUGGCAACCUUCUUGGAAGUAGGGGAGCCGAUGACUUGAACUUUCUUUGCACCUUGACCAAUGCCACAGGCCUUCAGGUGUUGAAUAUGAACGAUAACACUUUUGGUGGGAUAAUACCAGAGUGCAUAAGCAAUUUGUCAAUAAAUCUGGAAAUUUUUGCCAUAGAUGGUAAUGAAAUAUGGGGAAAAAUUCCAGCUGGGAUCGGGAAUCUCAUCAACUUGGAACUGAUAACAACAUGUAACAAUCAAUUAUCAGGUCACAUUCCCCCUAUAAUCGGAGUGCUCCAGAAGCUACAGGUGUUCGAUGUAAGAGAAAAUUCUCUGUCCGGGAGUAUUCCCCUUUCUUUUGGAAAUUUAACGAUGUUGAUCAAUCUGAAUUUAGGUCACAACAAUUUUCAGGGCAUCAUUCCUCCGAGUCUUAGUAAAUGCAAAAGUUUGAUUUUAUUGGAUCUUUCUAAUAACAACCUCACUGGUUCUAUACCCCCAGAAUUAGCUGGUCUCUCAUCCUUGUCCAUUGCUCUAAACUUAUCUUCAAAUCUUUUGACUGGUGCACUUCCCACUGAAGUAGGAAAUUUGAAAGAUCUUGGUGCGUUAGAUGUUUCUCGGAACAUGUUAUCAGGUGUGCUUCCAAGCACUCUUGGUAGUUGUAUUAGACUGGAGAAACUAGUUCUAGGGGGCAAUUUUAUCCAAGGGUCUAUUCCUAACUCUUUGAGGUCAUUGAGAGGUCUUGAAGUUUUAGAACUUUCUCUCAAUAACCUCUCAGGUGAAAUUCCAGAUUUUUUGGAGAGUUUUGGGUCAUUGCAAAUUUUGAAUCUUUCUUAUAAUGAUUUUGAAGGGAAACAGUAA